AUGCAGAAGAUUCCUUACGCUUCGGCUGUGGGGAGUCUAAUGUAUGCUCAGGUAUGUACACGUCCGGAUAUUGCGUACAUUGUUGGCAUGUUAGGCAGAUAUCUAAGUAACCCUGGAAUGGAUCAUUGGAGAGCAGCCAAGAGGGUUAUGAGAUAUUUACAGAGAACAAAAGAGUACAUGCUUACAUAUAGGAGAUUGGAUCAGUUAGAGUUGAUUGGGUAUUCCGACUCCGACUUUGCUGGAUGCCAAGACAGCAGAAGAUCCACAUCAGGCUAUAUUUAUCUGUUGGCUGGUGGAGCAAUUUCAUGGAGGUCUGCCAAACAGACACUCGUAACUUCAUCCACCAUGGAAGCAGAGUUUGUAGCAUGUUAUGAGGCAUCCAAUCAAGGAAUAUGGCUACGAAAUUUUGUCACUGGGCUGCGUGUUCUGGAUGAUAUAUGUGACCAUUGA